GGGUAUUUAGUUGAUAAGUCACAAGUGAAGCGAAGCGUCCGCAUGAUUUAAUAUGAGCAACGGCGCAGGGCCUAACUGUAUCCCCUUCCUACUUCCAUCAUGUUCGUAUGCCUCAUUCAAUUCCCUCGAGCGAGUUGCGAGAGAUUCGAGCGCGACUGAGAGAAAGGGAAGGAGGAACGGCGCACACCAAAAGUAGGCGCGUGCGAAAGGGCAACAUCUCUUCACUGUUUCAGGUGCGUAGCGACGCCUCCCCUUUGUUUCUGAGCUAUCACUCCGCGCCCGCGUUGCGGCCUCCCUGGUGGCCACGUCGUCUCGCGCUUCAACUUUGGGUCUUUCGUCUCCAAAAUUAGCUUCAGCGAGUCGGCCUCCACUAGGCACUCCUUGUUGCGGAAAGAGACGGGGCCACACUUGUGGCGCCUGCAUUCAUUGCCCUCUAGGGCGCAGGUGACAGCAGCACUACUGCGCUUUUUCGCGCCGUGAAUACAUGGCGACGCCCUUCACGGCAAUCGUGUGGACAGGGUGGCAGCAGGCGCUAUAUCAAUAAUAUAAUGCCAGGCUUGCUACCUUAUAGCUUGCUUCUGUAGUUUGUCUACUUAGAUGGUUAACAUGUCUUGCGUCUGUUUUAAAUGUUGAUCAGUUUUGUGCAGUGCAGUGAUAAAUCACAAGCGAAGCGACGCGUCAGCUUGAUCUAUAUUAUUAUCAAUGGCGCAGAGCCUAACUGCAUCCCCUUGCUACUUCCAUCAUGUUCGUGCGCCUCAUUCAAUUCUCUCGAGCGAGUUGCGAGAGAUUCGAGCGUGAGAGAAAGGGCAGGAGGAACGGCGCACACCAAAAAUAAGCGCGCGUGAAAGGGCGACACCUUUUCCCGACCCUUCAAGUGAGUACGCUACUCCCAAGCCGAAGCAAAUGGACUGCUCCCGUUCCGUCUUUGUCACCUUAAUGAUAGCACUUAACUGCUACGCUGACCCCUAUCAUCUAACUUCUACGCUUCCUCAUGUCAGUCGCCUUAUAACUCUUGCACCAUUCUCGCGCCAUCGGUAACGCUCUUCACUUUAAAAAUAAUUGAUCACUCUCAAAGAUGAACGCGCCCCCACUUUCUCCGACGAGAUUGCACGAGGAGCAAGGGCAUAGAUACCAGCCUACGCCAAUUGGUUCAACUCAAGAGGAAAAGGGAGAAGCUAGAAAAGAAGACCUUCACUAACAGCGUCGCGCCAUCGUCAUCACCUAACACGGCCUCCACCAAUAACCCCGCUGCUGAUCACAUCAGUACAACGCCAAGGAGAACUACGACAGUAACAAGUCCCCGGGCGAGCUCCGUGCCGAGGCGUGCGAGCUCACUCGGGAGAACGAGCACGGCAGUGCGUCCGUGAACUUGGUAGCCAAUCCGCCACGGUUCAAAAAGGCCUUUUUUGACGCUGUUGCUUUUUCGAGGGCGUCCGUGCUAAAGCUAAACGCGACGCCCAGGCGCAGGCCAUGGCCACUUUUGCCGCUCAGUUCACGGCAGCAGCUGCAGAGGCGCCAUCUCACUUACACGCAUGAAGGCGCUAAAAUUUCUCACGGCUUUAGUAGGAGACCAAGAAAAGGGCUCGCACUCUCCUGCUGGCGGCUACUUUUUCAGCGUGCUUGGUCGAUUAAAGUGCCCCGGGGGUAGUUCCCUGGUCGCAGAGGCUGACUCUGCUGAGAUUCGGAGUCGCGUCACCAGGCUGCGACGUCACGGGAAGUCUGCUCAUGGGCCUGCUCUUGGGUUACUUCUGGAAGAAGUUGCCGACGUAGUUCAAUACGAUCACGAUUUUGCCGCAGUGGGUGCUUAGUGCUGCUCUCUUCUUCGGUGUCAGACGUGCAACCCCAUUCGUGUUGACCAAAUUUGGCGGCCUUGCGUUGCUGACGGGUUUCGUCUGGAUUGCGAUGGUCUUUCCGACGGUAGCGGCGCUCUUUGCGACUCUGCUGACCCUCCCGAGCUAGCUUAUCUUGUGAGUGAGUUUAUCCCAUCAGGCAAGAACGUCUAUACUGAGUUUUCGGGUGAUUUCGAGCACAACUCUAGAGGCAAGAGCUUCGCGCUCGAUCUCUCUCCUUACAUAAUAUGGCGCCCCAACUUCCAAAAGGGGAUCCUCGUGCGAUGCCUCUGCUUGGAAAAGGGUCGAACUUUUGGGAAACUAUGCCGCACAAGACCACUCCGCCUUUAGCUUUAGCCGCGGGCGGAUCAUGGGAGGGCGAUUGCCUGGACAGUUUGGAGCUGCGUUCUCGAUUAUGAAAACGACAAGGAUGGGCUGCAGCAUUUGAUAGGUUGCGACUUAGCUUACCGGAAGCUAGGGCUCCGCCCCAUUUACGACGGAUGAAGGACAGCGUGGCUCCGUACGACAAUCGCGGCAAUGUGUACAGUGGGCCACUCCCGCUCCAAUGGGUCUGAACCUUAUCCCGCUCCAAUUCAAGGCUGUGCGUCGUCUAUCUUUCACCCGUCGGGCUUCAACUAAUCUCCCCCAUGUCCAUAACAGAACUCAGCUAGCGAGGCGCCAUAGCGUGGCGAGUCAGUGCGCCAUCGCACUUUUUCGACCUGCGGCGCAAGUCUGCCGGAGCUUGGUUGGGAAUAUUAUCGCUGAGCAAAGCGCCGCCUGUCUCUGAGUGUGGGCGAGCAGCUCUCUGAGGGCAAAAAUAGCCUCUGGGCGCAGCUUCACAAACCACAAAAACUGACGCCGCCCCCUCUUUGCUUGCAGUAAAGGGGUCCUGGUGGUUGUAGGUGCGUUGGUUAAUUGUUGACAACCCUACAGAAUUCGUCUCCUUUCUCACGUUCUUCACUUAUUUCCUUCACCGUUAUCACGUGGCCCCGUGUUUAUUUCGCCUUUAUUCCGUUCAUGUAGUUCUUCUACUCCCUUCUGAUUCAGAUAAGUUUCGCAGCCUCCUCUUCGGAGCAAACGAAGCGCGAUGGCUGACCCAGCAAACUUGCAACAGCCAUUAGCUGACGCUGUCCAGCAGGUGGGCGCGGAGAUAGCGAAUCACCGCAGUGCCAUCAACAUUGCUCCUCGCAUUCACCGACCCCCAGACGUGAAGGACUCUCGGCGAGUCAGCGACGCCGUUCGUCGCCACAAGCCGCAAGGCAGUCUGGAGACACUGCGCGGCCCCAAGGUGAAGCACUACAAGGAUGACAGAGUAGAAACGCCCACCGAGUCCGUGCUCUACUACCUAGCAGGUGCUGGGCGCGAAGGAAGCCCGUUGCCUCAAGUCAAUGAUAGUCAACUCGCCAGGGCCAUCAGUCUCCCCAUGAAAAAUCCGCGACGUUCUCGAAAAAUAUGAGGACAGUCGCGACGAGUGGGAGGAUACGGCCAGGAAGGCUUGGCGGGACUCCUUCUGCAGUGCAGAAGUGCAUGCUCUUGAUCGCGCUCUUCCUAAUGGUGGAGGUCAAACAACCUCCCCGAACAGAUUGGCCGGCUUCAUCGUCGGCACCUUUGAGACGGACGGCAGCAGCAACGCCACGACUAUCGAGCACACGCACAGCACUAGCAUGAACAGCAUGGGCGUCGUCUCGCUUUGUCUUCCGUGGACUAACAACAACAGCGACAAAGGGAGAAAGAACAAGAAGGAGAAAGAUGACGAUGGCAACUACAGUAGUCGCGCCCCCAAGGUUUGCUGGCACUACUGCAAAGGCACCCCGUGCAAGAGCGACGCGCUUAAUAAAAGUGGCUGCGUCCACUGUCAGCGGGGGCUUCACCCUCGUCAGGGUGAACUGUCUGAGCAAGUCAGACGGCGAAAAUGUCCGCCGUUUUUCGCUGGCGAAGAAGGCACUUGCUGGCCUGGGUUUCGAGUCUUGGCGCAAGAGCAAGGGUAAGCAGAAGAAGUCCAAGAAGGACAAAGCGGAGGACGAUGACGACAAAGAGCGCAGUAGUUCUUCUAAGUCCCGUCUUCCACGCCGCUACACAGUGGCUAUAGUUUGCUCAAGAAUAGAGCAUAACUAUCAGGCUGCAGCUUUCUUAUAUUCCCGAAGAUUUCUAGUCUGUCAGUCUGUCAACAGUAAAGAUUUACUUUCGUCACAAUGAUCAGUGCCGUCUUCGUUGUCUAUCAAUUACUCUCUGACUAUACUGUUACUUUUUUGCUAUCGUUUUUAUUUUGCGUACCUAUUUCCCUUCCAAUUUGUAGGGCAUUAUAAUUAGCGACCGAGCCGCCGCUUUAAUUCAUCGCUUCCGCUUUCUCGUUAUUAUGGUGCUUCUUGUUAGCAGUAGUCUGUAGUCCCAUUUUGCGUGCUAAAACGCGGGGGCGGGGCCCAAACCUCGCGCGAAAACGCUUAGGAACUGGGUUGGCCCUCGAUUUAGCACAAAUUUAGCAUCAUGUGCGCGACCACAUGCAAGACCACAAAAAAGGCCCCGCGGCUGCCGGGUUCUCGCGGGCCUUUGUUGGUUUGGCUCUUGGUCAUGCCAGGAGAGGCGCUAGCGGUGGAAGGGGCGCUCGGCUUGGCUCUGUGGCUGCUUCUUGGACUUGCCUGGUCUCUCUGCUGAGGUAUUCGCGCCGUGGUGGGUGGUGGUUUCUUGGGUUGUGUUCUCGCUUUCGAAGGUCGCCCAAGCCGUGAAGCGUUGUCAGGUGAGCAGUGCGGCGGAGGGGGGCACGUCGGCAGGGUCUUCGGGUGUAGGCAAAUUGCUGAGAGGAGGCGCCGAGGCUUUUGCAGUUGUUGCAGGUUCCCAAUCCAUGCCCAGGCUGCCCCCGUUGGUUCUGGUGUGCGUGUCAGUGCGGGCGGUACUUUGGCUGGUGGUAGGGACGGGCUCUUGGGUUGGUUCUUUUGGCGGUUGUUGGGGGGCCGUGGGGUGGGCGGGGCGGCGGGCGUGCGCCUGGUAAGUUUUGGCGCUUUGCCGCAAAUUUACCAGCUUUUUAGCAGAUGACGCAGGCGGCUGGCCUCUGCCUGAUAGCCGCAGGCCGCCAGGGGCCUGGCCCUUGUGCUGUCCCACCGAUCGACUCCGCCAGACAGUUGCCGCGUAGGGAAGGGGCCGGGCAUGCGGGGCCACGCAGUGGCGGGGGAAGCGCGUGCAGAGGGUGGAAGAUUUUAGUGGGGUGAGUGCUACCAGGCGCUUAAGUCUAGCGUCAGAAGAUCAACCUGAGACAGAUGCUGAUGAUGUUCGUGAAGAGAACAAAAGACCACGACCGUGGGGCACAGGACUAGUAUUGGAGAUGAGGCUUACUAAAAAUCCAAAUUCAGUCUCCGCAGGACUCUCCUUUCUCAGGAGGAACAAGUUUGUUAAAGCAUCUUCACAUCCUUGGUACUACAUAUGAUGCUAUAGCUCUUGCUACAAGUUGUAGGCUGUCAGGCAAGAUAGCAACAGGGACGCAUGCAUGCUAAGCCAUCUUCUUCACAUCUGCAUGAGCAUUUACUACAGUCACACUAGCAAGAACAUCGGUAAUUUCCACUGAUGACUUUCAAGAGCAACUUCGACAUGAGUUGUUUGAGAGAUCGCAGCAGUCACUUCUUGUGAGGAGAAGUGCUCCUCUUGUACUAAUCACACAUAGAGGACACGAUAUGAUGAUGGCAGUACUUAAGUACUCAAAAA